AUGGCAGGGGUGGGAGAGGUAGAUCGUGCAGACAUCUUUACCGCUUUCCCUUUUGCUACUGGCACCUUACCAGUGCGAUAUCUUGGUCUGCCUUUAUUAACCAAGAGAAUGACGGCCCAUAAUUCUGAGCCCUUAGUUCAGUGGAUACGGGACCGAAUAGGAAGUUGGACGGCAUGCCAUCUUACGUUUGCAGGGCGCCUGCAGUUAAUAUGUUCAGUCCUCCACAGUCUGAUCAACUUUUGGAUGUCCGCUUACCGCCUCCCAAAUGCCUGCAUUAAAGAAAUCGAUAGCCUCUGCUCUGCUUUCCUCUGGUCAGGGCCAACUCUGAACACAAAGAAGGCUAAGGUUGCAUGGAAAGAUGUCUGUAUUCCUCGGGAAGAGGGUGGACUAGGGUUGCGUUUGCUAAAAGAAGCUAACACUGUGAGCUGCUUGAAACUUAUCUGGCGGUUAUUGUCUACAAAUUCACUAUGGACAAAAUGGUUGCGAACUUACCUGUUGCAAAAAGGGUCCUUUUGGUCAAUCAAAGUCAAUUCAACAGUUGGUUCUUGGAUGUGGAGAAAACUGUUGAAGUAUAGGCCUAUUGCAUCGACUUAUAUCAAAUACGCGGUACAGAAUGGUAGAACUAUUUCUUUUUGGCAUGAUAAUUGGUCGAGAUUGGGAUGUUUACUGGAUGUAGCAGGGCCACGAGGUUGCAUUGAUAUGGGAAUAUCUUUACACGCCACGGUCCAUGAGGCUCUAGCUCACAGGAGACGAAGACAUCGAGUAGAUUAUCUCAACAACAUUGAGAGUGCUCUCGAGGAGAUUCGAUCACUUGGCAUAGUGAAGGCAGAGGACACUGUUUUAUGGAGAGGUAAAGGCGGUCAUUUUUCGACGACUUUCACAACCAAGGAGACGUGGGAGGGUUUGAGGGAAUCUCGGGGACAAAAAAGUUGGAGCAAAGGUGUUUGGUUUUCUCAAGCUACACCAAAGUACUCUUUUAUGGCUUGGUUAGCAACACUGAAUAAGCUAUCGACGGGGGAUAGAAUGCAGUCCUGGGGUGGUGCUUUCAAUACCUCCUACGUACUCUGUUCGAAUACUCUGGAAACUAGGGAUCGUCUGUUUUUCUCUUGCCCCUACUCAACUGAAAUAUGGACGGGUCUUAUGCUAAAACUCUUAAACAGCCGUUUCUCGACAAACUGGGAGGACAACCUUCUUCUCAUCACUGAGGCGACUUUCAACUCCGUUACUUUGUACCUUGUGCGCUACACCUUUCAAGCCACCAUCCACACGCUAUGGCGGGAACGAAAUGGAAGAAGACACGGGGAAACCCCAACCCCUGCCCCUCUACUAAUCAAGCAACUGGACCGGACCAUCAGGGAUAAACUACUCUCCGUUUGA